AUGUCGGUGCCCCCAGUAUCGUGUUGGUGCCCCCAGUAUCAGUAUCACAUUGGUGCCCCCAAAAACAUGUCGGUGCCCCCAGUAUCGUGUUGGUGCCCCCAGUAUCAGGCCACCGUGGGCUCCACCAACCUUCUCCAGAUGAUGUACAAGGAGCCUGCUCGAUGGUCCUACACCUUCCAGACCUUCUCCUGCCUGAGCCGGCUGAAGGCCCUGCUGGAGCCCCCUCCCCCCAGCUUCCCCACCCCCCCAGUCCGGGUCUUUGAACGUUCCAUCUACAGCGACAGGUAUGUCUUUGCCAAGAACCUGUUUGAGGUUGGGCACCUGCAGCCUCUGGAGUGGGCAAUUUACCAGGACUGGCACAGCUUCCUGCUCCAGCAGCUGGGCCCCCGGGCCACCCUCCAGGGCUUCCUCUACCUGCGGGCUGAGCCCCAGACGUGCCUGGAGCGGCUGCGCCGGCGCGCGCGGAGCGAGGAGAGCGGGAUCCAGCUGGGGUACCUGCAGCAGCUCCACUCCCAGCAUGACCAGUGGCUGCUGGAGAAAACCACCGAGAUCCACUUUCCUGACAUGAAGAACGUGCCCGUCCUGGUGCUGGAUGUGGACAAGGACUUUGAGCACAACGUGGCCACAAGGGAUGUUCUCAUGGCACAGGGUCUCCCCCCUGCCUCCCUGGUGGUGCCCCCCAACCCAACGUCCCAGUGGAGGAUUCCAGUGGAGGAUCCUGGUGGAGAAUCCCCCUGGAAGCUGUUGCCAAGAGGAGGAAAACCAGCAGCUGAGGAGCACCGGGGGCUGCGCGGGCUCCACCGGCACCGGCAGCCGACACUGCCCCUUGGCCAGCCUGGCUGGCACUGGCCCCCCUGA